AUGGCUGCCACUCAGACACCCGAAGUCCUCUGGGCCCAGCGCUCAUCAAGCACGGACCCCGAAAAGAAUAUCCUCUACGUCCACCUUAGUGUCCCCGAUGUUCCCCCUUUCUCUGCAAAGCUCUCCCUCACCCCCACCUCCAUAUCCUUCUUGGGCCACUCAGACACCAAGAAGGUCGACUACAAGGUCGACCUCGAGCUGUACGGUGAAAUCGACGUCGACAACUCGAAAUCACAUCACUCUCCGCGCGGCGUCGAUCUCGUGCUAAGAAAGAAGGAGCUCAAUGCGGAAUACUGGCCUCGUUUCUUGAAGGAUGCCAAGAAAGCUCAUUUCCUCAAGACGGAUUUCGAUAAGUGGGUUGAUGAGGACGAGCAAGACACCGUAAACGAGGACGACUACAGCAACUUCGGCGGCAUGGGCGAUGAAGGUCUUGGCGCUAUUGACUUCUCGAAACUGGGUGCUGGUGGAAUGGGUGGAAUGCCAGGUUUGGGUGGAAUGGCCGGCGGAGCAGAUGGCGAAAACGAGGACGGGGAGGGAUCGGUCGAUGAUAUGCCCGGACUGGAAGAAGAAGAAGAAGAAGAAGAAGAAGUAGGUAACGCUGAGUCAGAGCCUAAGAUUGAAGAGGUGGCUUAG